GGUGGUCAAGGCGUAUUUAACAAGGUGUUAAAUAGACCUUGAAGGUGGUUUUGGAGCGACAGCUUAUUUUUUCGCCGUAAAAAGCAUUACGUCAAAAUCAUUUGUUUGUUGAAAUUCAUACCAAUGACAUGUCGGCAGAACAAAAAAAUUACAAUAACAAAUUAUACGCACAUUGACAAUCAGUACAAAAUAAAAUUACAACAAACACAUAAUUUUGACAAAAGGUAUAAAUUUGCCGUGAAAUCAGUGGAUCCGAUAACAGCACCUUGUAUAGAUUCGCCUUGGACACCAUCUUUUAUAAAUUCGCCUUGUACGUUCUUUGGUAUGUGUGAAUUAUAUAGUUUGCUCGAGCAUGGAAUUUCCAAUCUUUAUUGUUAGCGAAUAGACCUGCAAUUAGUUGAAGGUAAUGCAGACCAAACAAAAUUUUUUCUACAUUUAAAGCAGGGCGAAUUCAUACAAGGUAUUGCCAGAGCAGCUCGAUUUUCGCCGCGCUGGUUCUAAAUGUCAAAAUUAUGUUUUUUUUUUGUUUUUCUUUUUGUACAAAACAAGCACGUGUGAGCGAUCAGUGUUUGAUUACGUUCGCUAAAAUCAAUUUACAAAUUGAAACGAAAAUGAGUAAAAAUCUGUUUGAUGGGUCAGAUGAUAACGAAGGCGAGGAGCUGCAGAUCAGCACCAACAAGGAGUAUGCAAAAUCCUACAACAGUUUUCGAAAGAAAGAAUUGCUAAAGAAAUUCAAAGAUCGAGGGUAUGAUGUGGAUGAAUCCGAGUCCACAAGUGAUAGCGAAAGCUCCUCUGACGAAGAUGAAGAGUUCGAUCCAAAAUUUGAUCAAGAAUUCUUGAAAACCUUAGCAUCGCUGAAGAGCAAAGACCCAGCGAUUUACGAUAAAAGCACAACAUUUUUUCAAGCUUUAAAUGAAGACACUGAAAGUGGUGACGGCGAAGGUAAACAAAAUGUCCAAAAAGACAAACAUAGUAAACCUAUAACUUUAAAGGACUAUGAGCGGCAAAUUAUAUUAGACAAAGGCGGAAAGUUUGAAGACGAUUCUGAUGCAGAAGUUUCAGCACGGCCGGUGUCUCCCACUUUUGUAGAAGAAGAGCGGACGUUGAAAGAAGAAUUUAAAAAAGUUAUGAAUGCAAAUGAUUCAGAUGAAGGUGAAGGAGAAGAUGCUUUUGGUGGUAUAUUCAAAAAGAGAAACAAAACUAAAGAGGAACAACAUAAAGAGGAUGCAGAUUAUUUCGAAUGGCUAGCGGGUAAAAAAGAGGACUUUGAAGAUCCUAUUAAAGAAAAGCUGAAGCCUUUGAAAUCCUAUUGGAGCAGUGAAAAAUUGCCGCAAAGUGAGCGUUUUCUGCGAGAUUUUAUUUUAAAUAAAGGCUAUACAAAUGCAAAAUCUUCCGAUAUUCCCACUUAUGAUGAAAUCGUUGGUGAUAAUCAACCUUUAUCAGAAGAUGAAAAAGAACUCGAAAAACAGGCAGAAUUUGAACAGAAAUACAAUUUUCGAUUCGAAGAACCAGAUGCUGAAUUCCUAAAACGCUAUCCGAGAACCAUCGAACAGUCGGUUCGCCAAUCAGAUGAUCGUAGAAAACAAAAACGCCAGGAAAUCAAAGAGCGUAAAAAGCAUGAGAAGGAACAGAAAAUGAAAGAACUAGAAAUGGUUAAAGAAAUGAAACGCAAAGAGAUUGAAGAAAAAAUACUUAAACUUAAAAUGGUUACGGGUAAUGAAGAACUUGGAUUUAAAGAUGAAGAACUCGAAGAAGAUUUCGAUCCUGAAGCACACGAUAAACGUAUGCAAGAGAUAUUCAAUGAAGAAUUUUAUCAAGUAGAUGAAGGUGAAGAAAAACCGGAAUGCCCCUCGGAUAUUGAAGAAUUAAAAGUGGAAGAUUGGGAUAAUUACGAUCCAAAUGCAGAUGACAAUGAUGACUAUUAUAAUGAUCUACAUUGCGAAGAUGAAGACUUUAACAUGGACUGUGAUUACGAUCCUGAGGAAACUAAAGAACAGAUGCAAAAAGAGCUUAUCGAGAAUACGAAGAAACGAAAAGGCCGUAAAGGGCGGAAGAGUCAAUUCAUGGAAAUGAUAAAGACUGAAAAGCCAGCAUUUAAUCCAGAGGAGGAAAAAACCUACGAAGAUUAUAUUGAUGAGUAUUACAAGUUGGAUUGUGAAGACAUGAUUGGCGAUAUUCCUUGCCGUUUUAAGUAUGUGGAAACGACACCAAACGAUUUUGGUCUUACUAUAGAAGAGAUUCUCUUAGCCAAAAACAAGGAGCUAAAUCAGUGGGCAAGCUUAAAGAAAGCUAUUCAGAAUAGACCAGAACACAUAGAAAAAAAAGAUCAAAGGUUGUACAAACUGAAAGCAAAAAAUGAAGCACUAAAACGUAAAAUAUUCAAAAGUUUAUAUGGCGAAGGCUCCGAUGAAGACGAUGGAGAGGAGGAUAAACAAAAUAUCCAGGAUAAAUCUAACCAGUCUGAGCCAGUUACCCCCCGCGCAGUAAAUCAAGUGGAGAACGAUGCAAACAAUCAAAGGGCGAGAAGAAAGAAGAAACGGAAGUCAAAAGUGGCAGACAAACCAUAUGAUAUCGAUGCUGAUGCUGAAACUAACGACAAAAAAGUGAAAUUAUCAGAGGAUUCAAACUCGAAAGUGCCCGCUUCAACUGCUGCUCGUCUAGAGACAGAAACAAAGAGUAAAAAUAAGCGAAAAAAACGCAAAGCUAAACCCAAUAACGCGGAAGAAGUUACUACAAAAACUCCAGGAACUAAUACAGCAGGUCAACAAUUAAAAAAUAACCAAAAGAGAAAGGUAGAUCAAAACAAGCCGAAUCCUUUUAAAACAAACGACCUUACCAUAGCUGAUGUGCAGCCUUCAACAAGUACAACUAGUCUGAAGGUGAACACACAAAGUAAUCCGAAGGAUAGAAAAACAAAACAACAUAAGUCAAAUCCGUUUAAGCAUAAUCAAAAUAAAAAAGGCUCUCUAAAUGCGAUUUCGGAGAAAAAUAAAUUUGCGGGAAACAAGGUACAGAAAGCGAAAUUCAAACCGAACUUGAAAAAAUUCCACAAAAGCAAAUCUACAAAUAGCGACGUCAACAUUAGCGACGAUCGUUUGAAAGCGUAUGGCAUAAAUCCGAAAAAGUUUCAUAAAAAGCAGAAAUAUGGAAAGCCUCAAAAUUAGUUAUUUUUUAAAUAUGUAAAUAUUAUUUAUAAUUAACAGUAGCAAAAUAAUAUUCGGUUUGCUGGUACAAAUAUUGACGGUUGCAACACAAGUAUGUACAAUUCAAUUUAAACGAAUGCAACGUUAAAUUUAUAAGCCAUAUACGGUGAACUUGUAUGUACGCAUCAAAUUUUAAUAAGUAUUUUGUAAUUACAAUGAGAAAGCUAAAAUAAAAAGAGAUACUAAUUUUUAAACACGA